AUGGCUCCCUCCGUCGUUGAGGCACCUGCAGCAUCCCCCGUGCCCCAAAAGCAGGGCCACGCCGAUGACGCCAACCCUACUCAGAGCAGUGAGCACGGACAAGUAAUCGAGCAAGUUCAGAUGAACAACCGGACAGUCGCGGGCAAACAGCUCCGUAUCAGAACCUAUCCCAAGUUCGACACCCUCGAAGACGAGCGUCUAUAUCGCAAGCAGCAUCUAGCAGCUGCAUUUCGAGUAUUCGCAGAUCGCGGUUUCGACGAGGGUGUGGCAGGGCAUAUUUCAGUGCGAGAUCCAAUACUGACGGAUCAUUUUUGGUUGAAUCCGCUUUCACAGCACUUUUCCCAAAUAUGCGUCUCUGAUCUCAUUUUGGUCAACGAAGACGGAGAGGUUGUCAUCGGCGAUGAGCCCAUCAACUCGGCAGCAUUCUCUAUCCACUCCGAGAUCCAUAAGGCGCGGCCAAAUGUCAAUGCUGCCUGUCACGCCCACAGUGUGCAUGGAAAGGCAUUUUCGGUGUUUGGAAGGGAGUUGGAUAUGAUGACACAAGAUGCUCUCCGCUUCUAUAAAUCCCACGCAGUGUACGACAAUUUUGGAGGCGUAGUGCUCGAUCGAGAGGAGGGAAUUCGUAUUGCGAAGGCGUUGGGUGACGGGAAGGCCGUGAUUUUGCAGAAUCACGGACUGUUGACUGUUGGAGAGAGUGUGGAUGAGGCGGCAUUUUGGUUCAUCAGCUUGGAUAAGACUUGCCACGCACAAUUGUUGGCAGAUGCGGCGGCAAAUGGAUCUGGGUAUAAGAAGAUCAUGAUCAAUAAAGAGGAGGCUGAAAUUACAGCAAAACAAGUCGGGGGGCCAGAGAAAGGUUGGCUGGCGUUCCAAGGGUACUAUGAUGAGCAGAUCGCAAAAACGAACGGUGCAUUCUUGAAGUAA